AUGAGUGUUCAAAUUCAUAUUAUUCUAAUUUUUGCUGGUUGGUCAAAAAAAGGAGGCCUAAUAGCUGACCGAUUAGAUGGAGUUGAAUUGGAAAGAAAAAAACAUCCUUCUAUAUUCAAAAAAACCUGGGAUGAAAUAAACAUUCAUCUAUCAGCAAAAAAAUUUAUAAAUGAAUAUAAUAAACAGGAAAAAAAGGAAUUUAUGAAACAUAGAAGUUUUGAUGAUGAUGAAUAUGAGCCUAUUGCAACUAUAGAGCAAUCAACCAUUAUAGAGAAGGGAACGAAUCAAUUGCAUGUUGAAAUCAAGAGCAAUAAUACUCAACUCAAUCAAAGAUCUAGAAAAUCAUAUAUUAGGAGCAAUGGCAGCUUCAGAAAACUAUGUAAAUGA